AUGGUGAUAUUGGUAUUGUUGAUGUUGAAAAAGAGAGAUAUACUUGAGGAGUUACAUCCUGGUAGAAACUUGAAAGAGUUAUCAAUUGAUGGUUAUAGGGAUGAAAUAUUCCCCGAUUGGUUAGCCCUUUCUUGCUACUCCAAUAUAACCAAAUUGAGUUUGAGGAGUUUUAAGAAUCGUCGUCAGCUUCCUUCAUUGGGACAGUUACCCGCUCUGCAGCGUCUGGUGGAACUUUCCUCCGGCGUCCCUGAAAACAUGCUACGAUUCAUCGCAAGCUCACGGUUCAAGAUUCUAAGCUCAAGCAACGGUUUACUCCUUUGUGUUCAUCGAUCAGAAUUGUUUAUCAUCAAUCCAGCAACUUGUUACCUUUUAUACAUUCCCCUCCCCAACCACUUGCAGCAGCGAGGGAAUCUUCAUAGUUUGUCCAUGACACUGGAAUGCGACUCUGAUGAUUACAGGUUGAUUCUUUUUGACAAUGAAGAAUGGAGUUCACAUUUUGAUUGCCAUGUUUAUAGUCAUAAACAAGGUGCUUGGAGCUUAAGGAAGAACCGUUUCUUUGCUGGAUCUAGGAAUUUGAAAUUUAACAUGCCUGUGAUUUGCAAUGGCGCCAUUCACUUUAUCUCGGAUUGCUACAGAUAUCUUGCUAAAAAUAGCACUCAUUUUAGGCCUUAUAUCAUGUCUUAUGAAAUCUCGAACGGCGAUGAAGAUGAAAGCGUCGAAACCAAGUUGUUAAGGGUUCCUAAAGAAGCAAGAAAGGGCUCCCAUGAUAUCAGUUGUCGUAUGAGUAUUUUCAAAUGGGGAGAAGUUGCUGGCUAUCAAACUAUUUGCUUAGUGAGAUUGAGAAAGCGUGUGUUUACGGUUUGGAUUCUAACAAACUAUGAGUCGAAUUCGUGGAGAAGGAUCUUGAAGGUGAGAGUGAAAGGAAUGGGUUUAAUGGAACAGCAUCCUGAGAUCACAGGCUUUACCGUUUUGAACGGUGAUCUUGUUUUUGCUACCAAGAAAAAGAUACACUUCAUCCAUGUGGAAUUGGUGCCAAAAGUUUGCGUAGUUAUCUUCAAUUAA